GAGAACGUGCGAGCUGCCUCCUUGCAAGCAGCCAUAAUUGGGAUUAUUCAGGAAUAAUUCGCCUAAUCCAGUCGCCUUGUUUUUCUUUUCCUUGUCAAAUCGUGAUUUCCACAGCGUUAUGGCGACGUGAAUCUGGAUUUGUCAGACAUGUAUCACGGAGGCUGCAUUUUUUUUUAUUGUGGACUAUAAUAAAAUGUCGCUGGAAAAACAAAGACUGAACAGUUCGGGGUAAAUACCUUUUUCUUUUUGACUGAAAGAUGGGAAAUAGUGACGUUUGGAGGCAGUUUUCUGUGUGGACUAAUUGCACCACCAGCCAAUAUACAUGCCAAGACCAUUCAUUUAUGGGAUGCGCGAUAUUUUCUUCCUCCUCUCCAACGUUUGUGGGUGGGUUAUUAUAAGCAUUGAAAAUCUGACAUCAUUUGGAUAUAUGUGAACACAACAAGGUAUGUUGUUUUUUCUAAAUCGCGUCUGUUUCUAAGCCUUCUGGAAAUCCACCUUCGACGUGAUGCAACAUAGAAAGCUGUUUUCUCGGAUGAUAUUCAGACACAAAUGAACACAUCCCUGUGACUGAGAAAGGGUGGCGGUGCUGGAUGUUUUUCUGUGGCACAGUCCUCACCCCGGAUUGUCUGAUCAGCUGUUGAUUUUUUUUAGUAUUAUCUUUAUUAUAAGAUUAUUAUAUGUUGCUCGAUUCGCGAUGGAUUAAUGCUUAACAGGUGUUGUUUGAGAGCACAGCGGGAGCAUGUGCUUAUUAUGUGCUUUUCUCUCGAUUUAACAAGCAGUGAGACAAAGCGACUGGGAUCCUUUUUUAGUUUUUUUGCCUUGAGAGAAGAGCCGAUCCAAAAAAGAUGAGGGGAUGAAAGCAACGGGCAAGGUAAUUACUGAGAGAGCCAAGGAGCUGGCAUGCUGUAGAGCUGCUGAUCUGAUCCCAGCCGCGGAGAAACAGGAAGGCAAAGAUUUCCACAGUGUUGCCCAACACAGCACUUCAAUAUAUGCACGCUGCUUAAUGUGGCGAGGUUGUGGACAAAGAGGAAAAAGAUGAGUCUGUCAUGUAGAAAAGAUCCUCACGGCCUCUCCUUGUAGAGACGAGGGAGCCGUGUGGAGAGGGGGUUUGUAGCGUUUAUACAAAUACAAAAAAGGCCCCCCCGAACGGAAGGUGAAACAAUGGCUAACCAGAGCUUCGCCAUCGAUGGACCGGGCAGUUUGCUGGCGGUUCUGGCUUCUCAGAGCGGCAUGUCGAGGGGAGGAAGCAGCAGCAGUGGUGGAGGCAGCACUGGAGGAAUCUCUGCCACAGAUGUGUCCGCCUACUUUAAGCUGGUCUUCUUGGGUCUGAUCAUCUGUGUCAGCCUGGUGGGGAACCUCCUGGUCUCCCUGCUCGUGCUGAGAGACCGGACCCUUCACAAGGCGCCCUACUUCUUCCUGCUGGACCUGUGCCUGGCCGACGCCGUCCGCUCGGCCGCCUGCUUCCCCUUCGUGCUCGUGUCUGUGCACAACAGCUCGGCCUGGACCUACAGCGCCUUGAGUUGUAAGAUUGUGGCGUUCAUGGCGGUGCUGUUUUGUUUUCACGCUGCCUUCAUGCUGUUUUGCGUCGCCGUCACACGCUACCUUGCCAUCGCCCACCACCGAUUCUACGCCAAGCGAAUGACCAUCUGGACGUGCACCGCCAUCAUCUCCAUGGUGUGGACUCUGGCCGUGGCCAUGGCGUUCCCGCCGGUGUUCGACGUGGGGACGUACAAGUUCAUCCGCGACGAGGACCAGUGCAUCUUCGAACACCGCUACCUGAAGACCAACGACACCCUGGGCUUCAUGCUCAUGCUGGCCGUCGUGGUGCUGGCGACCCACGGCUUCUACGCCAAGCUGCUGCUGUUUGAGUACCGGCACCGCAAGAUGAAACCGGUCCAACUGGUGCCAGCCAUCAGCCAGAACUGGACCUUCCACGGUCCCGGGGCGACAGGGCAAGCCGCGGCCAACUGGAUCGCAGGGUUCGGUCGCGGCCCCAUGCCUCCGACUCUGCUGGGCAUCCGUCAGAAUCUACACAAUCAGCAUCGGCGUCUGCUGGGGAUGGAGGAGGUUCGGUCGGAGAGGAGACUGGGCAGGAUGUUCUACACCAUCACCCUGCUCUUCCUGGUCCUCUGGGCGCCCUACAUCGUGGCCUGCUUCUGGAGGGUGUUCGUGAAGUCCUGCACCAUCCCCCAGCGGUACCUCUCCAUCACGGUGUGGAUGAGCUUCGCCCAGGCCGGAGUCAACCCCAUCUUCUGCCUCCUGCUCAACGAGGACCUGAGGAAAGUGCUGAGGGCUCACCUGCCCACCUACUGGAGGACUAAACAACACCUGCCCCAGGACGAGGCCUACUGCAUCAUGUGAUCCGAUACACACAAGAGAAUGUUUCAGGUUUUCUUUUUUAAAAGCGAGGAUUUGAAGUGAUGUAACGCACCUUGGCUAAGUGUCUGUUUUGCACAACGAAACCCGAUUUUUGCCAACGAUUGCAGGCACGUUAUUAAGAAUGUUUGAAUAAAUGGUGCAGAGGUUUGACUUUAGGGGGGCGAUAAUGACAAAGCCCUUCUUCAGUUUCUGAUGAUGUACUGUUUGAUUAAUCAGUAGGAAAAGAUCACAACUAUCACCGCUCCAACUAAGUGUGACAGAUGCCAUUUUAAAAUAAUGUUGCCUUAUUUCAGUGGGACACGCCCCAGAGCUUUCAUGAGUUUGUGUCACACGAGGCACAAAACAGACACACAUAGGGAUGAACAAUCCUUCAAUAAAAUGUGCUGCAGACUUUUGAAUAGAAAGUGUUGAUCAGAGCGUUACUAACUCUGAAACACAUCAAGGAACUCAAAGGGGUCUGAACGGAUUAAUAGACCACCCCGGACGCCUUUUCAUGUAAUUCAGAGGAGACUGCAGAAUAUCGAAAUGGACCCAAUAACCUUGGAUGCAUUUCAAUAGGUGUCGUGAACCCGAAGAGCCCCUAACAUGCUUGAUUUUUUUGGACUUGAUUUAGGGCGUGUCAGGUUUUAUUUGUAUCAUAAAAAAAAUAAUUGCCUGUUUUUCCUUUUAUUUGUAAACUAUACAUGUUAAGCAGAUGACACUAUUUUGAAAUAUGACUUGAUUUCAUAUUGUACAGACUGUACGGGAAUGUCUAUUCCUGCUUGUGUGUUUUUAUAUAGCAUUUGUGUGUAUGUGUGUGUGUUUGGCGUGUGUGUGUGUGUGUGUGUGUGUGUGUGUGUGUGUGUGUGUGUGUGUGUGUGUGUGUGUGUGUGUGUGUGUGUGUGUGUGUGUGUGUGUGUGUGUGUGAGAGAAGAGAGGAGGGGAUAUAUUGAUGAUAGAAUAGGUUCCAGUAAUAUUGAGUCAAUAUGAAAAGCAGCCUCGUCUUGGUGUCUCAAAACCAUGCAAAAAUUGAACAAUAUUUAUACGGAAAUGUAUCCUUUAAAUGGAUUUCCGUCAAAUGUAUUCUGAUUUUUUUUCAAGCAAAUGUGAAGUAUGAGGGAUUAUGAAUAAUUACAUAACAACACUUGUGCAUCACAAACAGGCCGGAGGAUUUAAUUACUUGAAUUAUGAUGUAAAUGUAACAAAAUUAGCAAAUGAUGAUCUUGGGAAUGUUUUACUGUUAUGCUGACAAAAAGGAAUGAAGUGGCCCUUAAAGGGAACCUGAAUGUUAUAAGGCCCCCCAGACAACAUAAAUGUCACAAUGUCCUGGAUUUUAAAAUGUUAAAAGGCUGGAUACGACCACAGAGAAGUUUGUUGUGUGGAAAACCGACUACAUGAAGUUGUCUGAAAUGUAAGAUUCAUGUAAUACAAAUGUCAGACCUACAGGAUGUUAGGCAUAGAUAUGUUUGUGCAGUCAAUUUUUCUAAAUGUGGACACUUGCACAGCAUACUGUAUUAGCAUGCAUUCCACUGCAUUUCAUAUUCAAGACUUGGGGGUUACAACUUGUACAGAUGUUGAUAUAAGUGGGAGGAAAAAGUGAAGCAAAAACCGAGGUUCAAACUUUUUACGUCUGGCAUUCCUUCGCGAGAUGAUAUUCUGUAACUGUACAGUUUAACUGAGGUGGUUCUUUUGCCCACUCAUCAAUAAAGACUCUACUUUUGAUGCAUUAUGACAUA